UCUUUGGGUUCUGUCACGGUGUCGGUGGUGCUCGGCUCACCGGUCCCUCCCCGUUCCGGCGAGCGUGGUCGCCAGAGAGCUUCUCUCAGCCCUGCUCUGCGGGGUCCACAGCGGGGCGUGGGUGUCCGGCGGCAGCGGCGGCGAGCCCGUGGGCAGUGGGGGUUGGUCCAGUGGCUCCGGACCCCGGUGCAGAAUGGCGGCGGCGGUUCGGAUGAACAUCCAGAUGCUGCUGGAGGCGGCCGACUACCUGGAGCGGCGGGAGAGAGAAGCUGAACAUGGUUAUGCCUCCAUGUUACCAUACAAUAACAAGGACAGAGAUGCCUUAAAACGGAGGAGCAAAUCCAAGAAGAAUAACAGCAGUAGCAGAUCGACUCACAAUGAAAUGGAGAAGAAUAGACGGGCCCACCUUCGCUUAUGCCUGGAAAAGUUGAAGGGGCUGGUGCCGCUUGGUCCAGAAUCAAAUCGACACACUACACUGAGUUUAUUAACAAAAGCCAAAUUGCACAUAAAGAAACUUGAAGACUGUGACAGAAAAGCCAUUCACCAAAUAGACCAGCUUCAGCGAGAGCAGCGACACCUGAAGAGGCAGCUGGAGCAGCUGGGCAUCGAGAGGAUACGGACGGACAGCACCGGCUCCACGGUCUCCUCGGAGCGCUCCGACUCUGACAGGGAAGAGAUCGACGUGGACGUCGAAAGCACAGACGAUCUCACGGGCGACCUGGACUGGAGCAGCAGCAGCGUGAGCGACUCGGACGAGCGGGGAAGCAUGCAGAGCCUGGGCAGUGAUGAGGGCUACUCCAGCUCCAGCAUCAAGAGAAGAAAGCUCCAGGACGGUCACAAGACGCGUCUUGGACUCUAGGAGAGCGUGGUCGCUUCGGCUGCCGCCCGGAUGGUCCCGCCCGUCGGCUCCGAUUAGGUAGCGUAUCGGACCUGCCCACAAUUCCCUCGCACGUCAGCUUCCGUGUUCCACCGUCACCAAAAGCAGCUGUGCAAAAGUUGUCAAGGAAGUGCUUAGGAGUGUGGGUUUCUUUUUUUUUUCUUUUUCUUUUUCUUUUAUCCACGAUCCCCAUCUUGAAUGGGGUUGAGCGGGCCCCCGUGCCUGCUGGCGUAGGGUAGGCACACGCUGAGCCAGUCAGUGCAGCCUGGACACCUGAGGGCGUCACAGACCCGUUACUGCUCAGUCUGGGGUAGCCGAAUGCCACUCGUCCCUCUAAGAAGUUGGGGGACGCCAACCAGGAUUGUGGGUUUCUGACUGCAUCCUCUAGCUUCUCUCUUUCUCUCCAUAAAAAUUCGUCUCUGACAGACUGUACAUUCCAAUCACUUUGAAGCACCCAAGAAUUCUUAGACGGAAUAAGCACUUACUCACAUCUCGGCAAUUUUCCCCUCUUAUUUACUGCCCCCGUGUAGUCUACCAGACCUUCCUUGAAGUUUUCUGGCUUCCUCUGUGACUUGCCUAGCGGAAAUGUCCGAAUGUGUCUUGUGCUUAGGAAACUGAAGGAAACAAACUUUUAAAGUUGAGAUCCUGAUCACAGAACUCCAAAGUAAGCUUUGAAAGUGGGAUUUAAGAGCGCUUAACCAUGGCCCUCACCGCCUGUGAGCAGGCAGGAAUACCUCCAGAAAACACACCCUUCCCACACGUCCCACGCCAACACCCCCGACCCACGUGUGGAUGGCCGCAGUAUUUCUCACUCUCAAACGGACCCCUUGCAAGCACAUCUUUGGGGUAGCACAGCUUAUAAAAGUUCCAACAUCGUUUGUUCUCACGAACAGAACGGUACAGUCUGUUUUUGUGCACUGUCCUUGGGACCGUGCUGUGUCCUGCUCUCCCAAGGCACAUUUCCCCUCCAAGUCAGUUAUGCUCCUUGUCUCUGGAACAUUUUUUUUUCCUACCUCAAGAGAUAAAUGAGAUCUCCAUUUCCCACUUAACACAAACUGAUUAUGCCUCUCUUGUUUUGUUUUUGUUUUUUGUUUUUUUCCCCAAAUAAGUGACACUUGGUCCAAUUCUAAUCUAUUUUGCUGUUUAACUUGCAGCAAUAACUGAGCUUUGGCACUAGCUGAGCUAGCGUCCAUCAUCAGUGAAAGGAGAAGUCUACACUUCUACUCUCUGUUGCAGGUGAACGGGAGGGGAUGGUACAGUGUUACUACAAUUCCUCUCCUUAUUGAUUAUUUUUGGACACACCCAGAAACUUCUUUAUGGAGGCUUUUGGGUUAAUAGUUUAAAAGGCUGAUUUUUCUUUUUGGUUAUGAUUUCUCCCUUAAGUGGUCUCCCACUUUGUAGCAUUUUUAUUUAAGCUAAAACAGAGCACAUGUAUAUGUACAUAAGACACAUUAAAUCUAUAAAUACUAUUUAUUCAUUUUAUAUAAACUAACGUAAUGGAAAAUAAAUUCUUAUGACUGUGCUUUUAUAGAUGUUCUAGAAACUUUGUAUGUAGGUAUCUACAGAAUUGGUUCACUUCCCCUUAAUACUUUUGCAUUCAUAGUUUUGAGGUCUCGAUGCUUUCAGCCUCUGGUGAAUCUUUUUCAUUGAAUUCGAACCAUUUGUAAAACCUGUGACGCUGAGACAGAGCGUGUGUCACAAAGUGAUGAGAAUGUUCCUAAAUCCACAGCCGCACCGCAACUUCAGGGCUCCCCGGCUGAACCAGUCGCGGCGGCGCCUGUGCCCCCCGCUGGCCUGUGGUCUCCCCGGCCCCAGACUCACCUCCUCAGCGCCUCUUCCUUGCCCACGACUAAAAGUUCAAACGCACUCCUCACAGAAGCUCAUUCUGGACAUGAAGAACAGUCGAAACAAAGAUUACUUUUGUGUUUAUUUUUUCUUUUUAUUGAUUUCUUAAUGUAUUAAAAUUUUUUAAUUGGAAGUAGUGAUUCCUAAAUGAUUCCAAAGUCAUCUGUAAUUCUUCUGUUUUUGUUUUGGUCUGUUUUUCUCUCCAUUUCGGGUUUGGGUGGGGGGAGGGGCAGGUGACACAAAGGAUUUUUUUUUUUUAAUUGUUGGAAUCUUUUCCAAUUACCAGCUGAAGAUUUGCACUGAAAUACAACUUGUAUGCCUUUUGCAUUUUUAAAGCCUGCUUCCUGAAUUUAAGCAGAGUGAUAGUGUUCAAAGAGCCAGCUCAGCCUGUAACAUGUUUGAAAAAGAUAUACCUGCACUUUGAGGUCCCUUUCGAAUGCCAUUCGCUAGACCUCGCAAGCAUUUUGAUUGCUACAUUCAAGCGCCUCACAAGUCCACGAUGCUAGAUCCUGUACGGCAUCGAAAACUCAAGACUUUGGCAAAAGCUUGUGGGCUUGCAUUGGGGGAGGGAAGGGAACAAAACUUGUGUAUUUGUUUGUUUAAUUUAGAAAUAAGGCAUCUGAGAGAUGCCAUUAUUUUCUGUGUUUUAAUUGUUGUGCCUUUGAGUUAAACUGCAUUUUUGUCUUUUGGUUGAAAUAUGAAAUGUACUGUCCCAAUAUAAAAUAGUAAUUAUUUGACCUUUGCACUGUUUGUCUGGUCCUUUUCAAUUUGAUAGCAUAUAAAUGUGGAACUUAAUAGAUCUCUAUAUUUUUAAUGCGCUUGUGAUAAACUGACACCAGGGUUAGACACGACUUUCAAAUCUUGAGGUAGACCGAAUGCUAGACAGGCCUCUCUCUAACCAAAACUGUAACCUUCAGGACCAGCAAACUCAGCCCCAGGCAGCUAAUCCCCUUCCCUACGUGGCUGAUCAGCCGCCCUGAUGCGCCAAUCUGUCGUGUCAUUCACUGAUCCACCAGCAUAACUGUUAAGAGCUAUACAGUCUUUUUGGUUCUGUUUUGUUGUUGUUGUUGUUUUGUUUUAUUUUGUUUUUUUAAGCAAAACGAAAAACCUUUCUAUUAGGGUUGUUGGGGGGAGGGGACGGGCAAAGAUGUAAGCCCCAGCCUUUAAGACUUCGACUAUUGUACGUAAAUAUAGAUGUGUGUAAAUAUAGGCACAUGCAUAUUUUUAUGUGAAAACCGGUUUUAAGAAACUAAAAUCAAGUCUACACUCUUGUUGAUACCAUUGCAAUGCAAAUGCGAAAGUAAAGAGUAUGUAGUGCAGUUUAAUUUCAUGCAGUGAGAAAAUACAUGUGUGCUUCUGUUAACAUCCCAGAAAACCUAGCUUUCCAUACCUGUUGGCUUAGAAUGGCAGGCAGGCACCCAGGGUAUAUUUGUUUUCUUUUGCUAAGCAGAGAUCUGGGAUUCAAGGUGCUGAUAGCGACCGUGGCUCCUUUCUCUAGUCACAGAUCUAAUGCUAGAGAUUCAGUGUCACCUUUUUGAGCAGGACCUACAUUUUUCUUCCUGUCCACCCAAAACGAAAAUAAUUUCAGUGUCGAUUCAGAAUUGAGUACUAAGAAGGCCCUGACCCUGCAAUCGGCCGCUUGAGUGGUUUGAGGGUUUAUUUUUGAAGGUGGGCAUUCUCCUUUAACCUCUACUUUUUUCAAAAGAAACAAAGGGCCCUUACCUGGGUUUCCUAGGAGCCUCUCUUCUCAGUCCCUGAAGUGGCCAAAAGCAAAUCCUGGGGUGUGUAAACUAGGUAAGAUUGUGAUGCUCAAAAUAACUAACAAUAUCUUGGGGCUUGAUAAUGGAUUUUGUGGGCUUCUUGCCUCUCCCCCAUCCUUUAAAGAAAAAACUUAUUUUUGAAAAGUAUACACAUACACAUGAUUCAGGUUUUUAUAUCAUACUGUAUUGGCAAGGAUACCACUUUCAUUGUGCUUUAUUCCCCCGAAUCUCACUCCUUUCUUUCUUCUUGUUUCCCCAAGUUUCUUUGUCUUUCCCCUUUACCAGCCCCACGUGUUGAACACCAGAAAGUCAAAGGCUGCAAGGCGAUUUCCUACAAGUCAAUCUAUUAUUUUUCUAUGUUUAACUCUUGGAUGCAGUAUGUUUAGGUUGCUGGCUACUCCUGAUUUUAAAAAUCCUUCCUGACAGAAGACGACCCAAAGACCCCUUUAGGUGAGGUGGAUUUUCUCGUUCUACACUAUCAGGUCUCUGUAGACUGUGGGAUGUUUUGUUUUCAAAAAUACCUGGGGAUGAGGCCGGGGCUGGGGGGGUACGAUAUGUGAUUUAUCCUGAUUUUUUCAUUAAUAUUUAUUACAUGGAUGAUUUUCUUACCCUGUGUUCUUCUGAAAGGAGAAAUAUCUGCCCAGCACCGUUAGAGUCAGCUGUCGAAUGGCUGGAGAAGUUGAGUAUCUUUGUCUUCUCGCAAAAUCGUAAAAUGAGAAUUAGUAAAGCACUAGAUUCAAAGAUUUACCCAGAUUUUAAAUUUUGAUUUCUUAUUCUGUCUGGGGGGGUGCGGAGGAUUGAGAGGGCUUUCUUCAUUUUAGCUUUUACCAGAGAACCAAGCUUGCCUUGACCCCUUGUCCUUAGAAUUGGUGCUCUGGGAAUGUUGCUGUGAACCGUCAGCGUUGGGGGCCAUCUUCCUAACGGUGAACACAGCCUAAACAGGGAGCAGCAGACGAGAGAGUAUGAAAUUCUGUUUCCAGAUGUUUAUUUCUUUAUGUAAAUACGAUGCCAAUGUAAAUCCUGUGUCAAGACAUAGAGAAUGGUGCUUUUUACUACAGUUAGUACGUGCAUUUUGAGAACUACUCAUGUUUCAGAGAAUCUUUGCUGUGUAUAUGUAAACUUCUGUAUCGUUCAACUGUUAACAAAUAAUAAAUUAUUUCAUUAUUAAAGAUA